AUGACAACGUACGCGCGUGUGGGCGCCGUCACAGGGGCCAACAAGGGCAUUGGCCUGGCCAUCGUUCGCCAGCUUGCGCUGCAGUACCCGAAAUCCCCCUACAAUACCGGUCCUCUACUUAUCUACCUGACGGCGCGAAACGAAGAACGAGGCAAAGCCGCGCUCGAAGAAAUCAAAGGGGAUCCGCAAUUGAAACGUGCAAAAGCAUUACGCGGUCAAGGAGGACUCUCGGAUGUCAAAUAUCUGCCCUUGGAUAUAGACAGCAAGCAGAGCAUUGAUGAGUUUGCGACCUAUCUGAGGAAAGAACACCCAGAAGGGAUAGAUUUCUUGAUCAACAACGCUGCGAUUGCGAUGCAAGGCUUUGACAACAAUGUGGUUAAGAAGACUCUUCACUGUAAUUAUUACGGAACACUCGAGGCGACACGGCAGCUUCUUCCGCAUAUUAGAGGCGGGGGACGUCUAGUCAAUGUGGCUAGCCAGACGGGUCAGCUCAGCUCCAAAUAUUCCAGCGCGAUUAGAUCCCGAUUUCGGAAUGCGAAACGACCAGAAGACAUCAGUCAACUCAUGGAGGAAUUCACCAUGGCCGUAUCCAGAGGGACUCAUGAGAAGGACUGGCCGAGUGCUGCGUAUGCCGUUUCCAAGGCAGGUGUCAUUGGGAUGACGAAGACCAUUGCACAACAGAAUGCUCAAUCGGGGAGCAAGACGUUGAUUAACAGUUGCUGUCCAGGCUACGUCAAGACAGACAUGACUCGAGGUGGAGGAACGAUGACGCCAGAUGAAGGGGCGCAGACUCCGGUGUUGCUUGCGCUUGGAGAUAUUAAGGGCGCCAAUGGGGAAUUCUGGCAGCAUAAGCAAAGAGCCAAUUGGUGA